UAGUAAACAUUAAUUGGUUUGUGUGUAAACAGACGAUGUGCCACCUAAUAGAAUGUGUAAGUGUAACAGUUUUUUACAAUCAUACACGCGCAAGCUUAUUCAUGUGGUUGGACUGAAUUGGUAAAAUUACUUGUUGGAGAGGAAUGACCGGGACUAAAGUGUAUUUCUGGCGUUUGAUAACCACUGUGCGUAGUUGUGAAUGGAUAUGCUAAGCUAUUUUUGAAUUUGCUGUUCAGGUAAUUUCGGUUGAAGAUGUGUUUUUGAUGACUAUUCUGGGAGCUUUUCUCUGCUAAUAUGUCUGGACGGCACAUUCUGCAGUGUAUUGGCGAAUGGCUGGUGUUUUUCGAUUAGUAUCGUAGAAGUAUGGAUUUUUCUUCGUUGGUAGAAAGCCGAGUAAUGGGCGUAACUGAUGUAUUGCUGGCUGCACAUUUGGCCCACUUUUUCAAUUACUGGCAAACUUUCGGUAAAUUUACUUGGGUCAGAGGAUGUACUCGUUUCUCAUUAUUGAUACACUGACGAAUGUUCUGCAACGAUGGCGGAAGCGGCGAAUGUUUCUUAUAUGCGGCAUUCCAAAGGGAUGUAGUCCGGAAUAUGUCUGAAAUGAUUUAUAAAUAAUUACUUAUACAACCGCAUUUUGUGGGGUAUACUCAUUUUGCAUGUUUGAUAACGCAAACACACGCAUGCAUCGUAGUAGUCAGGUUAGUCGAGACGGAAAGGGCACGUCGGAUAGAUGACGACGUACUUCCUUUUUGAUGUACGGAAAACAAACGCGGCAAUGUUGGCUAGUUUCCUCUUCAUGCAGGAAGAAUUAUUCAGUAUGUGAUUCCAUUUUUUCAUAAGUAGUGUGAUUUGUGCAAUCAGAAUUGCCGCAAUACUGGCUGUCUGAGUUUAUCCAAGCAUUUGCAACUACGGGCUACAAGACCGUUUGCUCUUUUCAACAGCAGAUGAUGCGUAUCGUAUUUAUGCCACAAAGGGACUUGCGAUAUUUCAUUAUUGUAAGUAAAUAAAUAUUGGAUCGGUGUUUAUUGCCGCAGACAUUGCUAGCUACUUUGGAGAUUUCGGACUGUCGUUAUUAUCGGAUCAGCAAUAAUUAGCGGAGCGUUGACUGUGAAUCCGCUGGUGUGUCGCUAUGCCGACCGGAAGAGCGAUGCCACAUUUGGGUGACGCGUCAAACAUAUUAUUACCGCCCAUUACGAAGCUGGCUAGCAACAUGAGUGAUAUCAACUUAAACGGACAGGACGAUGGCUUGAACGGUGGUAGUAACUCGCCGGAUGGGGAAGUGCUGGGCUUUUCGCAGGUCAUGAAUGGCCACAGCAAUGGCACCGCGUCCCGUUCUCCGCAGGUGACCCGCUCCGUGGGCAGCUUGAUGUCCAGCAGCACCGCCACCAGCGCCACUAACGAGCAUUACCUGACAUGUGAUCACGCCUUUAAGUUGUACCACAAUAUCCUUACGAAUUUCGAGAAGCAGGAGAUCUUCAGCUAUUCGCAGAUUUACUGUGUCGGUUCGCGGGCCAAGAAAAUUCAGGCCACGUUCAAUGGGCCGAUGAAUGGCGGCUACGAUACGGAAAACGGUUCGUACCACCACGUGAUCCAUGACCAUAUUGCCUACAGAUACGAAGUGCUGAAGAUUAUCGGAAAAGGUAGUUUCGGACAAGUUGUCAAGGCCUACGACCACAAAACCCACACAUAUGUGGGACUGAAGACUGUACGCAAUGAGAAGCGCUUCCAUAAGCAAGCUGACGAGGAGAUUAAGAUACUUGAACAUCUCAAGCGCUUGGACCACGACAAUUCAAUGAAUAUUAUCCACAUGUUGGAUAACUUUGUAUUUCGCAACCAUAAAUGCAUCACUUUUGAGCUGCUAUCCAUGAAUCUCUAUGAGCUCAUCAAGAAAAACCGCUUUCAGGGUUUCAGUUUGCAAUUGGUUCGCAAAUUUGCUCACGGAAUACUCCAGUGUUUGGAUGCCCUUUACCGGCAGAAAAUCAUCCACUGUGAUCUGAAGCCAGAGAAUGUGCUAUUAAAGCAGCCUGGAAGAAGUGGCAUUAAAGUAAUUGAUUUCGGAUCUAGCUGUUUCGAGCACGAGCGCAUUUACUCGUAUAUCCAGUCGCGUUUCUAUCGGGCACCGGAAGUGAUUUUGGGUGGCCGGUAUGGCAUGGCCAUUGAUAUGUGGUCGUUUGGAUGUAUUCUGGCUGAGCUCUACACCGGCUUUCCUCUCUUACCGGGCGAAGACGAGGGCGAUCAGCUAGCGGCUAUGAUCGAAUUGCUGGGGAUGCCACCGGAGAGCAUGCUGGAGACGUGUAAGCGUUCAAGAAGUUUUUUCUCCUCCAAGGGUAUCCCCCGCUACUGCUGUGUUACAACCAAUGUGGAUGGUCAUGCUUUGCUCAGUGGGACGCGAAAUAAGCGCGGCAAAUACCGGGGACCGCCCAACAGUAAGGAUCUCGCAACUGGCCUCAAAGGAUGUGAUGAUACAUUAUUCCUGGAUUUCAUUCGGCGCUGCCUCGACUGGGAUCCUACGACGCGGAUGACGCCGCCGGAUGCUGUGCGUCAUCAAUGGCUGAAGCGUCGACUGCCGCGACCUCCCGGAAACGGAGAAAGCCUGGGUGCCAAGUCGCAAGUCCUGGCGCAAGUGCUGGCAGAUCGGGCGAACAACUGAAGGCGUGCACGCAUUUUAUCUGUACACAUACCAUGAUUCUUUCCUCUGCCAUAUAAAUUUCUCGUGAAUCUCCUGUCCAAAUAUAUGGCUAUGUUGCUCUCGCUCCGUGCACGGGGCAAGCCUGGAUAUUGCCUCAGGCGCUGAAAUGAGGGAAGUGGAAAGAACCUGGACGUCCUGCUAAUAAUUUGCUCCUACUCUUCCGAUACUGAUGGAAUUUUGACCAAUUUACCCGCAGUGGAAUUCACAGCAUAUCUGUGAGGCUGACGGGUUUUGUUCCCCUGUCUCGCAUAAAUUGUUUGAACUUGAGAAAUUUGUUAAAAAAUGGAACCGCCGAAAGGAAUAUCAGUUUUUUAUCUGCCACAACUCAUGUAUUGUUACUUUUUGAUUGUCCCAUUCCCUCUUUCAGUUAUUCCUAUCUCUCCUCUUUCUUUCUCUCUUCUUACCGGUUAAUCUCGGCUGGUUGGAACAUGGGCGUUUGUUGUGGAGGUGCAAUCAAAGCUUGGUUCACAAUAUUGUUUGGCGUUGAGCGACUUAACGGAUAACCUGAGUUGGAUUGUUUGCUGUUUUAGCGCUCUCUUUUCUUGUGUUACCUUUUGGUAAAACUAAUUUUUGGUUUCUCGCUUUACUAGAUCUGCGGUGUGUAUCUAAUAAUUUUUGAACUGGCUCAGUGUUUUGUAUCCAGAAUGCCCGUCCAAUGGCUCAGGUUUCCCCAUCUGUUUCUCUUCUUUAAAGAUAAAGAGUUCCUAUCGGUCAAGUGAACGGUCUCUGCCACCAUGAACAGCAGCUCUCACUUUUGUUUGGAUUAAUGGACUAAAAGCAGUCAUCACUAUCAGUACAAUGUAAGCCGAUCAUGGAUCCAGUUCGAUAACUCGGUUACUGGUUAGGAUUCAGUUUUCAUUGGCUCACUACUAUGAACCUGUAAUGUGUACCGAAUCUUUUUUCUGUGAUCCAUGUGUUUACGUAUUGUUCGGGGCUUUCGCUUUAUCCAUUGGAAAUUUGGAUUUUGGCCCGAAUGAUUAACGAAAAGCUGCAGACUUUAUUCCAUUACGGUGGAAUCUGCUGUUUGCUUUCUGAAUUGCCUCUCCGUUAUGCUGUACAUACAUAUCUGUCUACAAUAUUUUGUAUUUCAUGGCAGCACAAUAUGGAAAAUAAAUUAUUCCUGUAUAUUUCAUAUUCUUUAA